AUGCGAGAUAAUAACGUUGAUAGCAAUGCCGGAUCACCGACAAACGAUUCAACAUAUAACGUUGAUACAUUUUACGAAAUGAAGCAGCGUUUGUUAACGGAACGUACAGAAGCGAAAGCUAUCGAAAUGCUCCAGAAGCUGCUUUCUCAUAAUGUGGAACACAUUGACUGGGAUGCAUUUCCGGAUUUAAAGGAUUUGAUAAUUUGUAUCCUUGAUACUGUUGGUUUAGUUUCCGUAACUGAGAAACACCAAAUUCUGGUUCUGAAUGGAAUAAAUAAUAGCCAUCCAAAAGUUGUUGAUGUGCUUGUCGAUUAUUACAUACGGCAUAUCAAUGAAGUCUAUGAAAUGCUUGCCAAUUCACAUAUUGCUGUGACAAUCGCAUUUGCACGUCGAGUUUGUGAUUUCGAUUGUGCUGGAUCGAUAGCUGUUCUGUUGACACGCUUCGCAUCACUGAAAUUGGUACAAGAUGAGCUAUUGAAUCAACUGAAUUCAAAUCGCGCUGAAAUUCGAUUUCGAAUACAUCAGGUUACAACUUUGGUGAUGAAGAAAGGAGAUGAUUUGCAUAAAACCGGAGAUUUGAUCAGUCGGUUAGCGGAGGAACUUGAAUCUACUGAUAUUUUAAUCCAGAUCAAUGCUGUGGAAAUGUUUGCUGAUGGUGCUUCUCAGAAAACAUCAACUGCGAAGUAUUUGUUGUCGACAGGGAUUGUUGAUCAGCUCAACAGAUUGUUUAUUCAAUGCACGGAGCAGCCAGAUGCAGGUUUUCUCUAUCCUGCUCUUAUCAAGUUCUUUGGGCAUCUUUCUGUUGCAAAUGUGGAGUGUUUGUCGCAAUUUCCGAAAUUUUUGGACUCAUUAUUUGAUUUGAUUUAUCACUUUGACCGAUUGGACGCUUCAUUACGUCUUCUUGCUUUUGAUACACUUGGUGCUGUGGGAUCAACCGACUGUGCUAAGAAAUUUCUGGACAGACAACACAAUAACUCUACACAGUGUGACAUGAGGAGAGCAAUGAAUGCAUUUAGUGUAGCUAUUGCAAGUGGACCAAUCGACUUGCGAGUACGACAUAUUAAUGCUUUGUCAAUGAUGUUGGAGGUCAAAGAUGAGGUUGAGGAUGCUGAUGCAGAUGUAAUCGCGCAGAAAUGGUUUAAUUGGCUUGGUGAGACAUUCCCAUCAAUUGUAAUAUCUUAUUUAAGUAAACCAUUUAAUGAUAUUCGAAUAUCAUCACUGCGAUUACUUUUGGCACUUUUUGAUCAUAAUUGGGCAAUUCGCAUAUUCUGCUCCGCUGCCGGCUUCUUGGUAUCUAUCUUAAAUCGAAAUACUGAAAGGAAUGCCGAGGGUAAGCAAUGUAAAUAUGAUGUUAUUUGCAAACUUAUCGACAGCGGGGAUUCGAUGAUUUCGCCAGAAGAUAUGACUAGGCUAAAAAUGUACCGUCGUGAGGGAGUAUUUUAUGUUGAAAGAAAUCCACAGGUUGAUAUGGAAAAUGAUUGA